AACUCUCUUGAGCCUUGAAGAUUAUGCACAACUCAGGAAUGCAGGGAAGGAUAGGAGCUGGAGAUGGAGUUAGCAUGUAAAAAGAGGGCAGAUGAGGACAUGCGUAAGUGACACUUGUUUUGGAGACUCACUUUUAUCUUUUUAUUUUAGCCCUACUUAUCUGAAGCUUGGUGGAGAAGAUAGAGAGCUGCACUAAAAGUUCUCCCUUAAUCACUCCCCUGCAGAGACUUGGAUGAUCCACAUGGAAAUUGUCUCCAUAGGAAACCAAACUAUUACUGAAUUUGUCCUCCUUGGUUUCUAUGAAACAGCUGAGCUGCAUCUCCUUUUCUUUAUUGUGUUCACUCUCAUCUACACCUCCAUCAUCAUAGGGAAUAUGCUAAUCAUUGUGGCAGUGGUUAGCUCCCAGAGGCUGCACACACCCAUGUAUUUCUUCCUGGCUAAUCUAUCCUUCCUGGAGAUCCUUUAUACCUCCACAGUAGUGCCAAAAAUGUUGGAGGGCUUCCUGCAGGAGGCAACCAUCUCUCUGGCUGGUUGCUUGCUCCAGUUCUUUAUCUUUGGUUCUCUAGCCACAGCUGAAUGCUUCAUGCUGGCUGUCAUGUCAUAUGAUCGCUACCUGGCAAUCUGCUACCCACUCCGCUACCCAUUCCUCAUGGGACCCAGAUGGUGCUUGGGGCUGGCAGUCAUAGCCUGGCUUUCUGCCUUCAUGGUAGGUGAGUUGAUUGUGGCCCUGAUGGCCCAGUUGAGAUUCUGUGGCCCCAACCACAUUGACCACUUUUACUGUGACUUCAUGCCUUUGAUGGGCCUGGCCUGCUCAGAUCCCAGCAUAGCCCAGAUGACAACAUUCACUCUCUCUGUGGUCUGCCUCACUGUUCCCUUUGGACUGAUUCUGACAUCUUAUGCCCGGAUUGUGGUAGCUGUGCUGAGAGUUCCUGCUGGGGUCAGUAGGCGAAAGGCUUUCUCCACGUGCUCCUCUCACUUAGCUGUAGUGUCCACAUUCUAUGGAACUCUCAUUGUCUUGUACAUUGCACCCUCUGCUGUCCACUCCCAGCUCCUCUCGAAAGUCUUUGCCUUGCUCUACACUGUGGUCACCCCUCUCUUCAAUCCUGUGAUCUACACCCUGAGGAAUAAGGAAGUGCAUCAGGCGCUAUGGAGGCUUCUCUACAUUAAGCAAACAGAGACACUAGACUGAAGGAGGAUGGUGGUGAAGAUUUUAUUUGGACUUUGCAUAUCUCCAUUGGGAUGUCAGCCAGGAUUGGUUGGGGAGGAAUAACUUUGUUGUAUUCUGAUGUUUCCCUCUGUGAAAUGUUCUAUAGUUACUCUAAAAAUGAGGAUGGUAGAGCAACGAUUUUCAAAUGCUAACUUUAAAAACUUUACCCUUAUCUUUUAUUAUUUCUUUAUUAAAUAGGCAAUGGAUAUUUAAUAUAGCAAAUAGAUAUACAAAAAUAUCAACACAAAACAAACCUAGAAAUAUUGGGCACUUGUGUUGUGUGUGUGUGUGUAUAUAUAUAUAUAUAGUUGUUGGUUUAUGGAAGUUUGUAAUCUGGCUUUCCACUGAAUAUUAGUUUUUGAACAUCUUUCUAUUUCAACAAGUAUGUACUUGUUUAUUCUUCUGGGAUUUUUAG